AUGGCACCCACUAUCAAUCCCGCGACGCAUCCGAUCAAAAUGCUCCAGUUCAACACCAACAACAACUCCCGUGGCAGCUCGGCGCGGCGUCCAGAUACAACGGCUUCGGGAUCGUCCAUGUACACCGCAGGUAUAGUAAUCAAUAGAGCAAAAUCGAAGCGAAAAGUGUAUGCCAAGCCUGCUCAUCAGUUUUCUUUUCCCGAGGAUGAUACCAACGGGGAAGCAUCGACAUGCGGACGUAUUCUCAUCUUUCUGUCCUGGGUCCUCGUGGUGCUGACGAUGCCGUUCAGCCUACUGGUGUGCUUCAAGGUGGUACAGGAAUACGAACGGGCCGUCAUAUUCCGUCUCGGUCGUCUAGUACAAGGUGGAGCCAAGGGUCCAGGUAUCUUCUUCAUCCUACCAUGCAUCGACGCCUAUGCACGGGUCGAUUUGCGUACUCGCACGUACGACGUCCCACCGCAGGAGGUUUUGACAAAGGAUAGCGUGACUGUUUCGGUGGAUGCCGUCGUAUACUACCGGGUUUCCAAUGCGACCGUCUCGAUUGCCAACGUCGAAAAUGCCCACCACUCGACUCGGCUGCUCGCUCAAACGACACUGCGGAACACGAUGGGUACCCGGCAUCUGCACGAAAUUCUCAGCGAACGGAUGACAAUCUCCGGCAGUAUGCAGCUCUCACUGGACGAAGCGACCGAGGCCUGGGGCAUCAAGGUGGAACGGGUGGAAAUCAAGGACGUCCGCCUUCCGGUGCAGCUGCAGCGUGCUAUGGCGGCCGAAGCCGAAGCUGCCCGUGAAGCCCGCGCCAAGGUGAUUGCGGCCGAGGGUGAGCAGAAGGCCUCGCGGGCGCUACGUGAAGCAUCCGAGGUGAUCGGUGACUCGCCGGCUGCCCUGCAGCUACGCUACCUCCAGACGUUGAACACCAUCUCGGCGGAGAAGAACUCUACCAUCGUGUUCCCGCUGCCAAUCGACAUCCUGACGUACUUUAUGAAGUCCAAGGAAACGUUUGCCGCCUCGCACUCGUAA